AUGCCUGGGGUGCUGGAAGCCCUUGAGUUGGAGGUGGAGGCGGCGGAAGCGCAGAUUCUUGAGCCCGGUCACGGCUUUACAGUUCUCUCGCAGAAGUUGGAGUUCGAUGUGGAUUUCGCCUCACGUACUAUGGUAGGGAAGACGGAAAUUACCAUUCAGCCUACGAUGAAAGAACUGAAGACGAUAAGCUUGAACUGUCGCCAGUGCAAGUCCAUUCGCGCUUCAGUGGAAGGCCGACAGGCGCCAAUAGACCAUGUGGAUCCAUAUUCAGGGCUCUCACUAUAUCCUACGGUCACGGUCAAUCAGCAUCACUUUCUUCGUGCGAGAAUCGAUCGGCUGCGUGCCCAAAAACAUGAGGAACUCACCAUAGAUAUACCGAUGGGGGUGCAGAUUGAAGAGUUGGAUCCAAAUUCACCUCAAGCCGCCGAGAUCUUGCUAUCAAGGACUACAGGUGGCAGAGGAGAUGAAGUGGACGGCAAUGUAGGAGGUGAUUCCACAUUGUUGAAAAUGGAUGAUAAAGGAGGCCCGUUGUUCAGGCCCCUAAGAGUCAACAUCACAUUUCAGCUUGCAGAUAUAAGAGACGGGCUCCAUUUCGCUGGCAUCGAGGAUGGAGACUGCAAGUACCCGCAUGCAUAUACCAGGAACUCAGCACUCCCAGGCCGUGCCUCAUGUGUCUUUCCCUGCGUCGACAGUGCGUCAUCCAGGUGUCCGUGGGAAAUAUCAGUACGAUGUCACAAGACAUUAGGUGACGCUUUCCCGAAAUCCGAGCUCCCCGAUCCGAGGGUUCCAGAAACUACAUUGCGGAAUGGACUAUCCCCACAUGACUCUGUUCAUGAAGCUCUACCAGACCUAAUGGACCUCGACGAGGAAGAGAAGAACCUCGACCUGGUCGUCAUAUGCUCGGGAGAGAUGGCUGAUGAAGUUGCCGAUCUGUCCGAUGCCUCAAAGAAGAUUGUGUCCUUCUCAUGUCUCGAGCCUGUUGCUGCGCACCAUAUCGGCUUUGCUAUUGGUCCUUUUGAACAUAUUGACCUCUCCGAAUACCGUGAGAGUGACCAGGAUGACAUGCUGGGAUCUAACGCCAUUCGUGUCAGCGCGUUCGCCUUACCAGGUCGAGCAGAAGAAGUCCGCAAUACGUGCAUGACAUUGCCCAGCGCUACAGACUACUUCGUGAUAAACUUCGAGGAUUCGACUACAGAAGUUGUGGAUACUGCAUCCCUGACAAUAUGCAGCACAAGACUUCUAUAUCCAGAGAAAAUACUCGACUCGCUCGACACGGUCACAAGGACUUUGACAAAUGCAUUAGCAAAUCAAUGGAUUGGUGUACAUGUUAUACCAAGUCAACCAGAGGAUUGGUGGGUUGUCGUCGGGGGCGCUCUCUUCAUGACUGAUAUGUUCCUCCAAACCCUCUUCGGUAAGAACGACUACAGGUUUCGUCAAAAGUCCUACGCCGAUAGAGUCGCAGAGCUCGAUGUGAAGCGCCCCUCAGUCUACGACCUUGGAAAGAUUCUCUUCGUUGACCCAGAAGAACUCGACUUCAUGAAGCUCAAAGCGCCUGCCAUACUGUUCAUACUCAACCAACGUCUUAUCAAGGCGAGCGGACGGAAUGGUGUCCCCCGGUGCAUUCACCGGAUGCUGUUGAACGCAAAAACUGGUACACUUCAGAACGGCGAAAUCUCCACCGCUAGCUUUAUGCAUAUAUGCGAGAAAAUUGGCCAUAUGAAGCUCGAUGUCUUCUUCCGGCAGUGGGUCUACGGCGCCGGUUGUCCGUUGUUCUUUGUCAGUCAAAGAUUCAAUAAGAAGAAGAUGAACGUGGAAAUCAACAUCAGACAAAGUCAGAUGCAACAAGCAGAAGCAUCACCAGAUGAGAACCUGACCUCGCUGAAUUUUAUGCGGGAAGUAAAGGAAGAGAACCAUCAAGCAUAUGCUGGCCCGGUACAGCCUGUAUUCACCGGUCCUAUGACCGUUCGUAUACAUGAGGCUGAUGGUACUCCUUACGAGCAUAUCAUUGACAUCAAAGAUGUGACGACGAAAGCGGAGAUUCCAUAUCAUACGAAAUACAAGCGUCUGAAACGAAGCAAGAGGGCUAAGGAGAGAGCUGCUGCUGCUGCUGGAAUCGAUGUCGGCGGAGACAAUGAGAACGAUGUCCUCAUUUACUGUCUAGGCGAUGUUCUUCAAACUGAAGAUGAGAUGAGAGAUUGGUCGCUGGUUGACUGGCCAAAGGACGACGAGGACAAAAUGGGGCAAGAAUCAUACGAAUGGAUACGCAUGGAUGCAGAUUUUGAAUGGCUGGGUCGCAUCCAGGUCGCUAUGGAGGACUACAUGUUUGUGUCUCAACUGCAACAAGACAAGGACGUCGUAGCUCAGGUCGACUCUGUUCGUUGGCUGUCAGCGGCACACCGACUACUGAAACCGUUAUAUUCAACUAUUCUUACUCGAACGCUUGCCGACAGCCGAUACUACCAUGGAAUCAGGACAAUGGCGGCUAAUGCUCUAGUGACAUUCGCUACUACCAGGAACGAUUGCAACUUCGUUGGCAAGACGCAUUUGAAGAAGGCGUUUACAGAGAUGUUCUGCAACCAGGUCAAUGGUAGUGCCGUCUCGCGGAUGAAUGACUUUUCCAAUCGUGCGGCGUAUAUCAUCAAGCUGUCUAUCAUCAAAGCGAUGGCUAGGAUCAAGGACGAUAACGGCCAGGCCCCGAGUGAUAUCUCGCACUUCUUCCUGGAUCGGUUGCGAGACAAUGACAAUUCGGAGAAUGAUUUCUCUGAUAACUUUUACGUCGCUGGUCUUAUGGAUGCUCUUGCUGAAACGUUACGCGUCCCGAGAGUCAACAGUGACGACCUACAAGCUGAAAUUGACGACCUGGAUGUUCUCGAAAGCGCUAACAACCUCUUCAGCCGAUACCAACGAAGCGACGAAUGGAUACCCUCAUUUCAGAAUGUUUACACGAUCACCGCACUACAGUGCCAACUGAAGUUAAUGGUCAGGGGUGCCAUACCAAGGAGAAUGUCCGAGUUUAUGCAAUAUACCCGGCCUGGCAAUUCAGACCUGGUCCGACUGAAAGCGCUGGGUUGCUUGACACAGUUUGGCAUGCUCCGAAAUAGUGCAUUUGUGAAGUUCCUUGUACACCAGUUGGAAGCCGACCCGUCUCCAUUCGUGAGAGAACAAGCAUAUCAGAUUCUUGGACGUGGUCUUGGUCAAUUCGCGACAGGGGAACUGACGAUUGAAAGUCGGCCGGUCCGACCUACUAAUGUUCAAAACGUCGGAUUCGUGGUAGAACAAGAGAUGACUGCAGAAACAAAUCCUGAAGGUGUCGAACAGCGCAACAAGUCUUUGGAUCUCGCGAAAUCAGGCUUGAAGCAAGAUUUGGGUAACAAUGAGGUGCUCAAGACCGCCAUGGAAUCCGCGUUGAGGUCAUCGAUAACCGGCGUCAAGGAGAUCGAAGAUCUGCUUGACGUCUGUGGCCUGCUUUACGAUACUGUAGACAAACUAGUCAUCAAAGUCCGGAUGCCACGCUACUGGCGGGUGACAUACGCCGGCGAGGGCCGACUUAUUUUCACUGAAAGCGAGAGAGUACUUCCAGGACAGCUCGCGAUACCCGAUGGUUCUAUCAUUCCAACAGUUGAACCAAUCCCACCCGUCGGUAGCCAAGUGGCGCCUUCGCCGCUUGCAGAAACGAAGCCCCUAAAGAUCAAAUUCUCAACACGACCUUCAGACACUGGAGUAAGCACUGCUGCCCCAGUAAAGCGUCUUCGUGACUGGGAAACCCAGUCAUCGAAACCUUUGAAAACUCCAAAACCUCGAUCUUCAGGUUCACAUAACCUCCCACCUCCCUCAACACCAGCCCCUCCGCAUAUAACCACACAACAACGAAGCAACAGUAAAACUGCUGCAACACCACCCACUGCGUCAGCUGCGGCCGCAGCUUUCGGUGCCAUCGGUUUGCCGCCUGCAAAGAGACAAAAGAUGAGCCCUCCGAAGUUUGACACUAAAGUUCGAACGCCAACGAAUGCUCCUCCGCCCGCAUUUGCCAGCGCAGCGGCAGCAUUGAUGGGCGGUGCAACUGGGGCAACGCAGAGUACUCAGAUGCCUGAGACUAAGACUCCGAAGCUGAAGCUCAAUUUUGGGCGGAAGCCUUCGCAGCCGCAGUGA